GGAUCUACGAGUUCAAAUCAUUUCUGCGUUCUUUUAAUCUCAUGAUUCAAAAUCAAGUACUUUGUAAGAACAUUGUCCAAGAUAAACUACGCAAAGAAAUUCAUGGUAAUGUAAUCUUGCAAUAUCUCCUAAUCACCACUUUCGAUUCAGAUUCUUUCCCACAUAUAGUACAUUAAAUGAAUAACACUUCAAUACUUUCAUACGCAGACAUGUGAAUAUCCGACACAUGGCUCUACAUUCGAUUGCUUCCUAUCAGAUACAAUUCUACUAGUCGACGAAUAAUAUUGAAGCUGAUGGUCACCCCGUACCUCCAAGAGCUCUCCUCAUCGGCUCUAACUCUCUAAUACCCCUUCUAUUAUACUUGGCACCUUAAUAACUGUUAAGUUGCCACAUUCUAAUUCGCAACUAUCUUGCAGCUCCAGAUCUUACGCACAAGUAAUUGUUUUCAAGAAAUUCCGAAAAAUCGAUCAUGAACAAAUUUUCCAUCUGCUCUCUACUAUCCCCCAUCCGCUCAAUCUAUCGGGAAAACAAGACACCCCCAUCCUCAAAAUGCAGCAGUACCUCCUUCAGUCCCGUUCUUGAAACAACGGAAGUCACCAACGGCGUCCCAAAUCCACAAGCCGAAUUCUACAUCCUGAAAAUUCUCUCUCUUUAUACACAGCUAUCCCAACUUACCGAUCUCAGCCCUUCUCCUGUAACCAAUGUUUUGUUUUCGGAACUUGUGGGAACGUGUAUCACCGUUGUUCCUGACCUGAUUUCAAAACUAGUACUUAAUGACCCACGAAUUUCCAGCAUUUUACCUACGCUCCGAGACAUCUGUUCGACCGCUGAAGCAUGUAUGGAGUCCCACUGGGCAAAAGCCAUCUGUGGAACUGAAACCUAUGAUGACGCCCAUCGCAUCCUCUCCACCUUCCCCUACGACAAAAACUACGAGCACCUAACGCGUUUCGAACUCGCUGCUAUUUCCUCAACGGGCUUUACCCUCUCCCCAUCCACCAACAUUGCAUUUAUCGGCUCGGGUCCAAUGCCGCUCACUAGUCUCUGCAUCUUAUCUGCACUCUCAUCAAACCACAUGACAUACAACAUCACACCCACUUCAUCCAUUUCCCUUACCUCACACCAUGCUACCACCAUCACCAAUAUCGACAGUAAUCCCCUUGCCAAUACCCAAGCUCAAGCCCUGUGCAAAUCACUCGGUGGACUUCCAUCCACCGGAAUGAAAUUUAUUACGUCAUUGGCUGGAUCUAACGAUCUCGAUCUCUCGAGUUAUGAUAUCGUGUGGUUUGCGGCUUUGGUGGGAGGCACUCAGGAGGAUAAAGAAAAGAUUUUACAAAAUGUGGUGCGGAAGAUGAGGAAGGGGAGUUUGCUAGUUAUGAGGGGGGCGUGGGGGCUUAGAAGUGUGCUUUAUUGUGAUUUCGACGUCACAACCCCAGCAGUCACCCAACAUCUCGAUAUCUGCGUCCGCAUGGACCCAUUCGGCGAUGUUGUAAAUUCCGUCAUCGUAGGGAGAGUGAGAUAACUCUGGCUUUUAUCCUUGACGGGAUUAGUCAUGGAAUGCGAUAUGAGGCUUGAGGCUUCAUUCAUAUUUUUAUGUUAAUAUAUUGCUGGAUUAUGGAAUGAACGGGGCGGAAUGGACCUGAGAGGGUGAGAUAGCUGAAUUGAGAGACUUGCAUGGUAUUGUUAUGGGGAUGGGGAUGGGAAUUGGGGGUGGUGUAGAUGAAUGAUCGAUCACAUUAGCUGUUUGUGAUUGAAUAUAUUUAUUGGGGGUUUUUGGUUCUUUUUGGGGUGGGACGGGGAGGGGAAAACAGAGGAGAGAAGACAGAGGAAGUUUUCCCAAGCUGGAAGGAAAAAAGAAAUGAAUGGAUCGAUGAAUGAAUGAAUGAAUAAAUGAAUCAACAAAUGCCCAUGCAGCGCAGUGGUAUUCGAACUCGGCUACAAUCGCAGAUGAUAAAAUCUAUAGGAUUUUGAUAAUCGAUCAGAUAAGAUAUGAUGACUUAUUUGCAUUUCUUAUUAUUUUCUAGCUUUUAUUCAACUUUGAAAUUUGAACGGUCA